AUGUCCGCCCUCAAGGGCGCUACGCCCAUCCACUUUGGUCCUUUUCUCGUCACUCCCCAGGUCUUCCACACAACACCACUCAGUUUCGCCCUGGUAAAUCUCAAACCCAUCCUCCCCGGCCACGUCCUCGUCUCCCCACGGCGCAUUGUCCCCCGCGUCGCCGACCUCUCCCCCGCCGAAACAAGCGACCUAUUUCUAACGGUCCGGCGCGUGGGCCGAAUGGUCGAGCGAGUCUACGGCGCGGCAAGCUUGAACAUCGCCGUCCAAGACGGCAUACAUGCCGGGCAGAGCGUGCCACAUGUGCACGCGCAUAUUAUCCCGCGGCGGGCGGCGGAUCUGGAUCAUGCCGGGGGCACGGAUGCCGUUUAUGAUUUGCUUGAUGGGGCGGAGGGGGAUGUGGCGCGGGCUUUGAGGGACGCCGGCGGGAAUACUUCUGCGGACGAGGGCGACGAAAGCGUUCGGAGUAGAUCGAGGUUUCCUGUUGUUGAUAACGAGGGGCGGAAACCGCGUGGGGAGCCGGAGAUGCGUGCCGAGGCGGAGAUGCUUGCGAGGGAGAUGGAGAAGGAGCCGGUUGAUUGA